CAAGAUGCCAAAAGUCAUACAACUUGAUAGAGAGAUUGUACAAGAUUACAUCGAAAGAGGAGAUCUCCGGUCGAAUGACUUAGAUCUUUUGAAUAGCUCACUCCAGACUACAUUGAGGUAUGUUGGGUUCGGUGCAGUCGUCGGUGGUGGAUCUCUAUUUUAUCUAGCAAGGCGCUAUCAACGAAGGUGGCCAUUACCAACAUUUGCAGGUGUCGUCAGUGGCACAUUCUUAGGUCAAUACGCAGGUGCUAUGUCAUUUGCUAGCCACUUCAAAGCAGAAGGCAGGGAUCCACGACUUGUGUUACAAACUUUAGCUACGAUUAGCAGGGAAAGUGAUAUCAAGCGUGCUGAGAGAGCUGCAGCAGGUGUUAAGAAUCGUGUAUCAGAACCACAGCAUACUAGCAGAUGGGAUCAAUUAAGAGACACGCCAACGGUGGAUAAUAAGAGAUCAAAUACAAAUAAUGAAAAAGAUACGAUUAAGAAUACCCCAGAUAGUUCUUCUCAGUCAUUUUAUGACACUAACAAUUUCCCAAGGUCUAGUGAGGAUUUUUCAGCCUUCAAUAGAGAGGUAAAAAGCUAUAGAAGUGCCACAGAGAAAGAUUUGUAAUUACAGCAAAUAAAUAUCAUUCAGAUUUUUAUUACAUCAUGUUUCUCAUCAACAGCAAUAUGCAUACGUACGUACGUUGAUAAUUAAGAUACAAAUUAUGGCAAUGCAUAUGUUAACCACUUCUACCUCUCGUCCUAACAGACAGUUUUGGUCUACCAUGAGAUCCUUUGAUUUUACUUGUGGGAU